CACCGCUCCUAAGCUCGCCCUACAGGGUUCUGUUGUAUAUGUUGAUGUGCACACAACCGAGGGAGAGGACGCCAGUGGCAUUUUCAUUGAGCUUCUGCAGCAAAUGGGAGCCCGAUGCGUGAAGAACUGGUCGUGGAACCCUCGCGCCAGUGUAUCUCCGGAGGAGGGAACAGAGCCCAAGGAGGGCAAAGUGGGAAUCACCCAUGUCGUCUACAAGGAUGGAGGUGUUCGAACUCUGGAGAAGGUCCGACAUGCCAGAGGCCUUGUCAAAUGUGUUGGAGUUGGCUGGGUCCUUGACUGCGAACGCGAGAACAAAUGGCUCGAUGAGGCGCACUACGAAGUCGAUCUGUCUAUUAUUCCCCGUGGUGGUGCGAAGCGUCGCAAGAGCAUGGAACCACGCGCUUUGAGCAACGUCAACGGCACUCUCGUCAAGACCGACGCAGCGAGUGCAUCUGCAAACCGCAGACGGUCCAGCCUUGCCCCUCCCAAAGAAUCCACCCCCAGAGAUGCGACACCCUCUUCGCGUGAUGAACCAUCUACCCCCCACGCCACUCCUAAGAUUGGCGCCGGUCACACGGAAGCAGACCAGCGGUACUGCCACACGCCCAAGACCCCGGGCUACACCUUUGACAUGGAUGCCAUUGGCAUGUCACCGGCCACACCAUUCUACCUGUCGCAGCGGACGAAACUCGUGCAACAGACCUGUCCUCCGAAGCAGACCCGGCAAGGGCUCUUUACAACGCCGGCUGCGGCGCGCGAGCCAAACCAGAAGCUGCGGGCCAAACUGGAGGCGGCCAGACGAAAAAGUCUGGCGUAUAAGCCACGAGUGGGGAGCCCCCUUGUUGAGUAGAUCUUUGGUUAAUUUUAUUCCGCUCUGGAUUGGUCUACUUUUGUGCAUGAAAUUCUGGUUACUGGAUAAUUGUUUAUGGUUAUGGUUAUACUACAUACCCCUUUGUUGUCUAGUGGCGUCUGGUUGGAUUAUAGUAUUGGAAAUUCAUUUCAUAUUCA